AUGACCAUCCAACUCCUCCACGAGCGUGCUACACAAGGCUGGAAAUGCCAACAAUGUGGACUUCCCGGAGUUCGUCUAUCCACACGCCCAGGUAGCUCCGGUGUUACCAGUCGAGCAUACUACAAAUGCGUCCCGUGCAAUCGCUCCUUGGGCCUUUGCCCUUGCACCACGCCAGGGGACAUGACGACCUCGACCUGCCCAUGCAGUGACUCGGAGAGCAGCGACGUCGAGUCGCCAGGUCUCGAGGACCAGCCUGCCGGCUUCUCUUUGCUUUCUGUGGAGAAGAAGCAAUCAUUCAACCCACACAACCCGAACUCGGGAUUCGAUGAAGACUGGGAAACAAACUGCAGCCCAGGCUACAUGGUUUCAAGAUUCAAGGCCAGAGGAAGGGAAUUGCUUUUCUAA